AUGCGCCGCCGGGGGCCGCCGCCUGAACUAAACCCAACAUUGCUCGAAGGUGCACCCCGGGACCUGGUCGCAGAAUACGCUGAGAACCAGGGCUUGGGGUGUGCGGAAGCGCUGGCCGAGCUGAAAAAGGCCGGCCAGCGCUGGAAGGCGUCAGAGAAAGCCUUGCGGGCCGAGCUGGCCGCAGGCGAAGCGGGAUCUCCCGAGGCAGCGGCCUCAACGGCGGCGGCGGCUUCAACGGUGGCGGCCGAUGUGGAGACAAAGGUGCAAGAGCAGCCCAAAUCGCCUGCGGUCGGCGAGUCUGACUUGGCGAUGUGGGCGGAGUGGCUCGGCGGCGUGCUGUGCUGCUGCUUUCAGCGGGAUGGCCACUGA